UGUGCGGACAGUUUGUCAAUUUGCAUCCAGUGUUGUGCGAUAACAGCUAUGGCGUCUGAGAAUGGACUAUGGUCGGAAAUCAAGGCCAUACUGACUCGAGAUGACAGGACUACGUCGCAUAGACUCAUUGACCGUUUCGCGGACUUCCGCGCUACCACGGCGUCGAUGACGAUGAGGUGGUUGAAGCUUGGGGGUAACGCGAUUCCCCAAGUAAACUCGCAGUGUCCGUCCACGGCGUCCGACGACCACCGGAGAGUAUACACCGCGAGGCGAAGCAGAUCUAUAAGCGAUCGAGUCAGGUGGUUAAGAUUAUUUAUUUGGACGUGCUGCUUCAUCGGAGCAGUGCACAGCGCUCCAAGAAUGACGGACGACGACGACCGAAUGAACAGCACUCCCAAGUGGGUGAACCCAUGUGGCCUGUCCGGCGACUACUACGUUGACUCUACUGUGGACGUGGUGCAAAUAGGAGACGCACAGCUCUUGUCGCAAAUAGAGACGCAGGCGAAAACGGCAUUAACACACGCGCGCAUUUUGCGCGAUGACUACCUGGAGCAGAUUCUCUUAAGUAGCAACGCGGCGUUCAAAUCGACCUGGGAUGACACCCGCUACGAUUGGCUACCUGGGCCGAAAGAGAUACCCAAGAUGUUGGGAGAGAAACUCGAUGAAGCAUAUCUCGAGACGUUGACCAUCGACACAACUCUUCAAAACACGUAUGAGUACCUGCAAAAAUUCGCAGUGGGUAUAGAGCAGAUCGUCUGGGAGCAACGCGACACAGGGGGUCGCUUUAGCAAGCAUUUCGAGGAUGUCGAGGACCAACUUCGAUCGAUUCUCUGCGAGGUGCAAGUCGGUUUGGUAGAGCGCGGGACACCGUUACCAAAAGACGUCUCGCGAUCUAUUAUGCCGGACGAGCAACGCUCCCUCUCCUCGCAGACCGAGCGGAAUCUGCGAGCGUUCAUCAUCUACCGGGAUUACGUGAACUUUCUGGAAUACAUACAACAAGUCUUUAUGUAUUUGAGAAAUAAAGCGUACACCUGAGGAUUCCAAGGCGAAAGUAGAAGAAGGGUUACGAGGCGACGACUCACCCAUUUCAGGGCAGCGGCACAACCGCAACUACCCCAUGUUCUGCUGACUUGAGAUGGUUGAAGGAGGAGGGUGGCAAAAAUCCAAGAAGAUCCUUCCGAUUAUAUUUUUUCUCGUCGGAAGGACGACUUUCACAAGUCAUGACGGUGCAAGGAAGCCGAGCGAUUCGUGAUUGGUACCGACGACGACGACGAUGAUCCAUCGAAUUGUCGUGGAAACCGACGGAUGUACGCCACGUAACACACGUCGUCACGAUCGUCCGUCCGAUCCAGCACGAUAACUGCGAGACAGAAGUCAUACGGCAGCCAUUGUCGAGUCUUAUCAUCCACCGUCCUCCUUCGACACUCCCCGAUAGAACAUGUCAACAUUAAGGGUAAACUGAUUCGCGUCGUUAUUAACCCACUCGCUUUCGCCUGCAACUUGCGUUUAUUUAUACGUACAUUAUCACACCCUCACAAGUAGCAUAUGUAGCAUGGCUUCGGUGCGACGAUGCGCCAUAACCGUAACUGCGAGCAUGCUUAACGAUUCUCGAUAUCGCGCGAAGACGAAAGCAACAGGUUCGAGCUGUUCAAACGAAAAUAGUCCUGCACGCGACGACGAGACAUCGCGGCGUUACUCACAUCUUAGGAACGUGAUACCUGUUGUUCUCGAUACCACUUUCGACGGUUUCCAACUGUCCAUCAGACGGGAUCGUGCUUGACGCAACGCGCAGUGCUUCAAGCAGGAUCGCGGUUCAAUGUGCUUUCUCUAUCAGUAGCCUGAGGCUCUUAGCGAUACCUCUUUAAACGAGCAAGCCGAUUGCAAUGAGCACUAUGUACGAGCGACCCAUGUGAGAUCGAAGCGAAACUGUCUCGAGAAGCGCUUGCCGAAUAUAGCUUGAAAUUCAGCGGGGAUCUAAUGAACGAUCUCACGAUUAUCAUCGUGACAUCGUGACAUUUUGCUCGUGCUACUGAAAUCCACGGUAGAUCUUAGCAGCGGCUUGUCUUUUCGCCUUUCGCGCGUGUCGCAGAAAAUCUCAAGUCGAAUAGUCCAGUGCGAUCACCUGGACAAUGUUUUCAUUCGCACGUGUCUCGACACUUGGCCACUUGUAAUAUCUGAUAUUAGGUAUUUUUCUUUGUGUGCCUCAAGAGUGUAUAGUAGAAAGUAACUAUGGGUUGAAGUGUACGAUAUAGUUAUGUUUAUAUGUAGUAUAGAGAGAAAAGAAGUCAAUCGUAGCGUCGGUUGGGUUCCUAAUCAAACGCAGUAUUCACGCCGUAAUCCGGGCCACUCGUGAUUCAUGAAUAGAGAAAAUCGCGCGUAUACGUGUGCACACUGUGCACACACACACACACAUACACACACACACAUAUACAUGAGAGUGUCACGAACGACAUCACUAAAGAGGUAUUUCUGCGCGAGCACACAAUUCAUACGCUCCCUACUACCCUUCCCAUAAAAAUCCUACAUAAUAAUUUAUUGACUCCGUAAUAUUAGUAUAUAUUUAUAUUUAUUCAGAUUAUUUAUUUUAUUUUUAUAAAGGUUUUUUUUUACACGUCCGUAUUGUAUUUAAAGUUUCUAGUUGAGCUUAAAAGUGACUAGCGUACAGAAGAACAUAUCUCUUUCUCUCUCACAUGUAGUUAAAACUAUUAAUAUUAUUAUUACAAUAUCACACUCUGGAUGGUGGUGCGCGCGUCCAUCGCGCGUCUAUCUACACAGAAUAUGAAGACUCGAUACUAACUAGAAACUUUACGAGGCUCAUAAAUUCCACAAUUCCGAUCACUACUACUUUGCACGCAAUGACAUGCCGCUAAUAUUGCGUUUUACUCAUGUUUGACACUGGUUUUUUUAAUAAAUAUUCUUUUACACGAUCAUUUUUUUUAGAGAUAUCGACUUUUUUGCUUUCGAUUUAGCGAUACGCAAGACUGUUAAAGACUGUUGGCUAAAGGGGCACGUCGCCAGAUUCCCUUUGUUGUGUAUGACUUUAAUCUAAGUUUAGUCAUAAUUCUCUAUCUGUGACGUUGCGUUACGAUUGUCGGACAUAUCUUUAUACACACGUACAAUGUAUAUUUUUAUACUCUAUCGUCGAGUACGAACGACGAAUCAAAGAAUAUAUCUCGUAGCACACCCUAGAGCCGACAGUCUCCGAAAGUGAUAAAACGGAAGAAUAUUGUUGGUACUUAUUAUGUCACUCUGGAAAAGUCACUGUCCGAUCAUCUAUCAAAUAAAAAUGCAUUCUGAUGUUAUAUCGUCAUUAAUUCUCUCCUCAGUAGCGGCCCGUAAGCUUAUCAUAAAUCAUACGUACAAUUGCCUUCAUGGGUGUGCAGUUAUCAUUUUAAUGCGAAAAUCGUUAUUUAUAUGCACACGUGCAAUGCGUUGAAUGUAUUUUUUUGUUAUCGUAUCAUCGCGUCUGUGAUAUGCAUCGUAGAGUAUCUCCAAUCUGAUUCAUUGUUUAUCGUCGGAUCGACAGAUUGUUUGCUUCCGUUUCGAGAUAAAAAAGGAGACAGAAGAAAGGGCAAUAAAAACAGAAAGAAAGAAUGUCUCUCUCAUAUGUCUUCAAUCGAUCUCUGCGUCCCUUUUCCAAACUUGUACAGUUAUAUAAUUAUGGAACGCACGGACAAUUUAAAGGCAUGGGAAAUCAUACACGAUCUUAAACAUUUCGGUUAAUAAUAAAAUUAAUUAAUACUAUUAAGUGUAGUAUUUAUUAAUUUAGAAAUGCACAUAUAUAAUUAAUUUAUUACUAAUGAAUCAAUAGCAUAUGUAAAAAUACUAUUUUAUUAUGUAAUAUAUAAUAUAAUUAGAGGAGUGAAGAUGAGUAUCACUAUGAGAUCUUAUGAAAAAAAGAUUGAAGAAUAACGCGUAACAAAAUUUUCUCUCGAAGUGGUGCGUUCCAUAAACCUUGCGAUACAAAUAAAUUAAAUGUACAUCAGCCAUCAUUUUUGUGUAUACACACAUACACACACACUGUAUAUAGAUCAAUUCGAUAAAAUAGUAUAAUAUAGUGAUAAGAUAUAGACUAUAAAAUUACAUGUGGAUAUGUAAUAUGCAUACGGACUUCUCUCUUCAGAAUGUCCGCUCUGUUGUAUCAUAUUAAACCAAAGACCACUCAA